AAAUAAAUCAUCUGAUUAAAAAAAAAAAAACAGAACAGGAUUUGAAUUUUUGUGUAGAGAUGUCGAGAUCCGACCUUGAUUUUGAUUCUCUAAGAGAGUUGCAUGAUUCAGUGAACAAUUUGCUUCACUCGCCGCGCACGAAGCUCGAGAUCAUCGACCACGGGCAGGAGAAAUGGGCGCACGAGGUGUCUGAGGCGGCGUUAAAAAUGGCGGACUCGUGCGCCGCCGCGAAGGACCUCCUCCUACUAGUGAAGGACCACCUCCACAACCUGCGAUCCGCCUUCCGCCGCAUCGCCGCCGAUCACAGCGGGAACCUAUUCGCCCCCUACCGCCUCCCACGGAAGCAGCUCAAAAAGGCGAUCCUGAAGAGAUUAGACUCUCUCAAGGGGGUGAAAAACACGCGCGCCGCCGCACUGCCGCCGCAGGAGGAUCAAAACCUAGUGGUGGUGGUCAAUUUGCUGACGGAAGUGAGAUCCACCACUUUGUCGAUGGUCCAAUCGCUGUUGUCGCUCAUCGCGUUGCCGAACCGGGAAGGGAAACCGGAUUUAGGGCGCAAGGAGCAGCAUGUAUUUAGGCUUAAACUGACGCGCGUGGAUAGCCUGGGUUUCUGGGAGAAAUGCGGCGCGUCGGAUGUACGAUCGGCGGCGAAAAGGCUGGAGAAUGGAAUGUAUUUCCAUGAUUCUUUGUUAGAAGAGGGCAAAAAUAUAUGUCUACUAUUAUUCGAAUAA